AUGUCGAAAUUUAGCAAAACAAGAACCAAAAUUGCAUAGAAUUGUUAGAACAACAAUAAGAAUUAAGUAUUUACUAAAUUUCUUUUUUAUUUAGCGUUGUUUUACAAUUAUUUCAGAGAUUGCAUGGCAAGAUAAAUAAGAGAAUAAAGAACUAGCAAACCAAGCUCCAUUAUUAGUGAUUCCUUAAAAUUUGCAAUCUAAUUGAUAUUUAUAUUGAUUUUACAUCCAUCUGUCAUGCAGUUUUACUAAUUAGGAUUACUUUCUUAAUUGAUUUCCUCUUCCUUUUUUGAAAAUUAACAAUAUUCAAGUGAAUCAGCACUAUCAAUUUUUUCUGAGUAAAAGAAAGGUCCAAUAGUUUAUGGAACAAAAAAAAUGAGCAAAACUAUCACUUAGAAGAAAUAUAAUCUAUAAGCUUGA